GUGACGCUGCUACGGUCACCUCGUUGCGGAUUCCAGUACGUCCCUAAGUGGCAGAAAUAACGUUGAACUAACAGCACUGCUAUCGUUAAUUAAAACAAACAUUCCCCAACUUGUGUUGAAAUCAUAUUGCGGAAGGUGUCGAAAUAUGUCAGUCAAAAAAGAUUCAUUAGUUUUAAUGCGACUAAAAGCAGAGAGGGAGUGAGACCGCCCGAGCUGACCACGGGUGGUAAAAACGAGCGUCCCUCCCCCUACGUUACCGUCCACGGAAGACAUUUAGCAUUUUUACAGCACGAGUACACACAGUCCUCUGAGGAGCAAUUUGCAUCUAUUUAACCUGCAAGUGAGUGACAUACAGACGCGUACAGGUGAAUAUAUUUAUUUCUUUUUGAAUAAAGAGACUGAACUCGGCGUCAACAUGGAGGACUGCGGCUUCCAGAGCCAGCUACUGUCCGUCAUGGAGGUCCUGGCCAAGGCAGCUGUGGCGGAGAUAACCCGGCGUGUGGAUGACAGCUGCGCGGUGCUACGGCUGGAGGUGAGCCAGAGCCGGCGGGACAUCGAGCUGCUGAAGCGGAAGAGUGAGGUGAUGGAGGCAGAGCUGAGGAGGAGCAGGAUGAGAGCCAGGAGGAAAGCGUUUUAUCCUCCAGCAGCAGAGAGAUUCUCUCCUUUAGUCCGAGUGGUGUUGAACAGAGGGAGACAGAGCACAUGUUGGGAUGCUGGGGCUCAAACUCAACCCCAGCAGUGUGCAGACGUGGAACGUGCUAAUGAAGCUGGACACAUCCUGAUCAAAGAGGAGUGUGCAGAGGAGGACCUGUGGAAGAACGAGUCAGAGGACAAACUCAUCUGUGAAGCCGAGCAGAUGCCACAUUUGGAAGCCUCACAACCUGCCCAGACUGACAUCUUUGUGGAACAUUACCACCGAGCUGAGAACGCAGCCGAGCCUGGAUCUCUGGUUUUCCCGACAGACGGCUAUGACAGGUUCCCCGAGCAGCAGCAGCAGCAGCAGCAGCCACACAGACACCAAACUGCUGCAGAGCUUGUAGUGAAACACGAGAGAGACGGAGAGCCCGAAGAGAAGGCAGCUCCUCUUGAUUCAGCCCACAGGUUUGUGACAGAGGAAGGAGACGGACAGCUGUGGUCGUCCAAUCAGUGCAGAGACGCUGCUGAGCCGAGCUUCCCGUACUCUGAGCCACCUCCCUCUGUGGCCCCGCCUCAAAGCGGACUGCAUUUGGAAGACACGGUGCCCCGAAUUCACUCGAUAGGGAAAUCCCACUCGGUCGUGGUGAGUUCAGCGCGCGUGAAAAGACGAGCCAGAAUGUUUGGAUGUAAGAGGCCGCAGCCAGAUGAAGGACACGGUGCUUUAUCACAGAUCAACACCAUGGGCCGAUGCUCGGUUCCUCCGCCGUCACAGCUUCAUCAGUACCCAGAAUCUCCCCAAGGGAGGAACCCAAACCAGGAUCUGACGCCACCGCCGAACCUAGCCGCAGGUGUUUCUUCUUUCUGCGGGCACAGCCGCAGUGGCCUGGGCCUGGCGAGGAGGACGAGGACGCCCUGGAGGUCCGGCAUUGGCGAGAAGAGGUUCAGCUGCACGUACUGCGACAAAAGCUUCAUGAGGUUCAGUCAGCUCAAGGAGCACCUGCGGAGCCACACGGGGGAGAAACCGUUCAGUUGCCUGCAGUGCGGUCGCAGCUUCACCAAACAGUGCAACCUGAUCCGACACGCGGUGGUGCACAGCGGAGAGAAGCCCUACGCGUGCUCGCUGUGCGGCAAGUGCUUCACCCAGCGCUCCAGCCUCAAGUCCCAUCAGAAAACAGCACACUGACUUCACAGGGGUUUAAGGCCGAUUUAUGCUUCUGCGUUAAAUCCACGGCGUAGGUACGUGUAGAUACAGACCCUACGCUGUAGCCUGGCAUG